UAAAAACAAAAAUUUUAAAUUCUUUUUUUUGGCUCUUUAGAUAUUUUUUAAGUAAAUUAACGGUUUCUAUUUUAACGUAAUGCCAUCAUUAACGAAAAGGCUUAGCUUUAAAAAAAAGAGAAAUGGUCCUGAAGCAACAAACGAGGAAGGUGAUGAAGGUGGCUACACCAAUAAUUCAACUGAUGAGGAGAUAAUACCUGGCCCUCCGGCGGAGGGCGAUAUGCCGACGUUUUUUCACAUCGGCUUAUUGGCCAAGCAAUGCCUGAUAUCCGGCUAUAAAAUUGGCACUUGGCAUAUCGAUUGCACUACAAAUGUUAAGGAUAAAGUUACCUUAUUUAGUUAUGGAUCUGGUAAACCUAAUUUUAACAAUGUCUGGGGCGGCGUGGGCAUGCGCCAGAAAUGGGGUAUCUGGGACCUGUUUCAGGUUUGGCAGACCGAUAACAUAAUGGGUGCAGUUGGUGGACGAUCCAAAUUAGUUGGCGGUACGGCAAAUGCUAUGUUGUGGGCCAUAUACAAUCCACGCGACGGUUCUGGUGUCAAGCUUCAAGUGUAUUCCGGCUACGAGCGAUCGCCCAUCAAGUUUGAUUUGAUUAUACCCGUUUUGAAUGUUCCAAGAUUUAUGGGCUAUGCACUUUUACAUUUCGCCAAGAAUUGGCUGUUGGCAUUUCGAAUGGAUUAUAACAUUGCCGAGAGGGCGUUUCAGAAGCAUGCAAUAUGUGGGGGCUAUUAUAAUGGAAGCACCGAGCUGGGCCUUAAGUUCGAGGACUUCAAGGAUUGGCGUGCCUCCAUAUUUCAGCGCUUAAGUAAGCGCUGGGCUAUCGCCUUCAAGGCGGACCUUUACACUGAGGAGCCAAAACAAUAUGCUGUUGGCGGCCAGUACCAAAUCAAUGAUAACUCGCUGCUUAAGGCCACGGUGCGCGACAAUGGUUUUCUGGGUCUAGUCUACCAGUUAAACCUAACAGAAAACAUUGGAAUUACGUACCACGUGGGCUUAGAGCUUAAAGAUCCUAUUAAAGGAGAGCAUAGAGUUGGUAUAUCAUGUAGUCUAAGGGCUUAAUUUAAAACAUUUUUAUUAAUUUAUUACAAGAGACAAAAUCCAUAUGUAAUCUAAAUGAAGUGUUGAGGGGCUGGCUAAUUCUUAGCCAAAUUUUCCUUGCCCCGUUCGUUGUUCCUUUGUUGAAGCUGAGCAGCACGUUUGGCCAUGCCAUCCUUCACCCACGGAUGAGUCAUAACCUCCACCAGGCUGAUGCGACCCUGACUCUGUCGACGCAAAAGCUUUUAUGGGAGUAACAGAAUUGUAUAUUAAAGUCUUUGGCAAAAAGAACAGAUCUAUAUAUUUUUCAUAUUUUUGAAUAAAAGAAAUUUUUUCGGAAUAUCGAAGCUAAGCAGACAUAAAUCGGCGGGACCUUUAGUCUGAUAUUAAUAAAGCAUUUGUCAAUUUACGAUCGAACAAACUGA